AUGUGUGACUCCUGGCAAUUAGUCAAUGAGCAGGUAGCGGAGCUAGAAAAAGAUAUUAUUUGCACAAAAGAAGUGACAAAGAAUCAAGAGAUAAAAAAACCAUCCUUAAUGGAUAUGCCUGUUGAGAUACUUAUAAAAAUAUGCUCCUUCAUUGAUGUGCAAAUUUUAAAACAUACCCUAAGUAAAGUAUGCCGUCGGUUCUACGAUAUUUUAGCUGACGAUUGUCUCUGGAAAUAUUGGGUCCAUAGUAAAGUAAAGGGUACCUAUCCUGUAUUACCAGAUUUGAAGUUAUGGGAAGAAAUAGAUAUAGAUUGGGAAGCUGUAUGUAUUGAAAUGGAUUUAGAGACCAAAAAGUGGACUAAUGUUAAGGACACAAUGAGACAUAUAGUUGUGAAAGAUGUACACUUUGCUUCCGUAGACACUGUUUUAUUACUUAAUAAUGGCGAAAUCUGUAUAUCAGGAGGCAGAGACCGCGGGAUAGCAGUAUGGAACGUAUUAGAUAUUGCUCCGCAUGACCAAAGUGAUAAUCUUACUACAUCUGCAAAUGUCGAACCAAAACACAUUAAACAUCAUGCUCAUGCAGGAUGGGUCUGGGACCUAGCUGCAGACAAUAUUGAUUAUGCGUCCUCGGUAUAUUCUGCAUCAUGGGAUAAUACUGUUAAAGCAUGGGACCUAGCAAGAGGUUUGGAUUGCAAACAAAAAUUUCGGUGUGGUAUGUCAGCAUUGUCUGUUGUGACUAUUGAGAAUGAGGUUAUAACUGGCUUGUAUUCUAAAGAGAUAUUAUCUUUUGAUGCUCGUGGUGGACCAAAUCAUGUUUAUUCUUAUAAACCACACAAAGGACCUGUAUUAGACCUUAUAACUUUUAAUAAUAUGGUUGCUUCACUGAGUGAAGAUAAAACAAUGGCCAUAUGGGACAGAAUAGCGGGAAAACUCUUAAUGAGUAACAUCAAAAUACCAUCCAAAAAAGCUUAUCCUGUAUGUAUUAGUUGGGGCCCAUCUGCAUUGUAUGUAGGUGAUUCCAAAGGUUUUCUCCAUCUCUUUAAUCCAGAGGAUUAUUCAUACGUGAGAACGCACGAAAUAUGGCCUGAGCCUCCAAUAAUUAAACCAUCGAACAAGAUAUCUGGCUGUUACCAAAAUCAAGGAAACCUGAUUGUGUGUUCAGACAGAGGUGAAAUCAAGUUUUUAUAUAAUUCACAUCCACUGCAAGAAUUUACGAGUUUAAAGAGCAGUACAUUAGAUGUAACACAGCUCGGGUACUUAAAUGGAGUAAUGGUUAUCGGAACUUGUGAUCCUGCAUUAGAAUUUUGGGUGCCGAAAGAGAUGUACUCUGAUUUGAAAGACUGA